UAUAUUCUUUUUCCUUAACUAACUUGGACACAGAAUGACCAUAUCAACAGGCAGAACUACUCGGGUGAUUGGAUGGUACCACUCCCAUCCUCAUAUUACCGUCCUUCCUUCCCAUGUCGAUGUUCGGACACAAGCUAUGUAUCAGCUUUUAGAUUCUGGGUUUAUUGGCCUCAUAUUUUCCUGUAUUAGUGAAGAUGCUAACAAGGUUGGUAGCAUUCAAGUUAUCGCUUUCCAAUCCUCUUAUGGAAAGCCUAAUGCUACUCCUAAAUCAAUGAGCCUGGUACUUGCUAAUAAAGAUUCUGUCAUCGAUUUAGAAUCGUCAUUAAGUUCUUCAGACUCUAUAUUUCCGAGAUCCUCUUCUCGUCACUGAGCAAGACACAAGUGAUACUGCUACAACUUCCGGAUCCAAGGUCUCUUUUGCCUAAAUCUGUAGAAACUCACUCGAGCUUAAUGAAACUUGUCAAAUUGUAAUUUGUGCCUAGUCUAGUAACUCAUUUUCCAAAUUCCUUGAGACAAUCAUGGGCUGAU